CAAUCAAACAAAAUCCCUACAAAAACCAAUACUUGAAAAGAUGCAAUUAUUAUUCAGUUUUUUUAGAUUUCAUCCAUCUAGAGGAAACUCAAGUAAGACGGUAAAUUGAAUGAGUAAUAACUAUGGUUGGAAAUUAAGUACACGCUUACGUAACCGGGAGGGUUGACAGCUAAUUAUUUGAGUGGUGAAUAAUUGUUUGGAAAUAGUUAGUGAGUGACGAGAGGACAAAAUAUUGAGAAGCUUAUUAUACAACUAUUGAAGGAGACAAAGAAGGAGGAAGAGAGAAGCAAUAGUACUAGGUUCAUGGUAGUAGAAGAGGAUUGCUCAGACUUUGUUUGGCUGCAUGGAGAAGAUGUAGGCGAAAUGCUGUCGAAUGGCUUUGUCGUACUUUGUGUAUGACUCUGAAUGAAGUCUCUGAUGGUGCUGGAUGACUUGAAGUGAUACUAUGCUCCAUAAUUGAGCUGUCGACUGUUCUACAUUGUCCUUUUGAUAAUCAUGCUGGUAAGUGUUCAUGACCAUGUCUAGACAAUGUCCUGCUGGUACGGCCUAUGUAGCAAGCCCCAUGAGAACAGGUGAAUCGGUGAAUACACAUUGAAGUUUCCAAGGGUGGAGUUUUGUCUUUGACGUUUCGAUGAAUAAGAGCCUGUGUGGAGAGAGUGUUAGUUGGGGAUGCAGCGUAAUACCUCUAAUAUUUCGGAAAGGUUAAGUGGUAAGUUGUGUGCACAUGUAAGUCAUGCCGAUUUGUCUGAUCUUGCAUUUCAGUAAUUUCUCCCGGACGUUGAAUAAAUUCAGAGCAGAACAGGAAGGAUGGUCUGCAAUUUCAAAUUCGUCAUUGGAUGGUGAUCUUAAAGAAACAAAUUCCAUAUUCGCUAAACAAAUCCAGUUAAAUCAAAGUGCCUCUUCUCCGUUUAUUGACAAUUAUACCACAACUACUGAUAGAUGUAAUUCAGCAGAGUCAAAAUGUGACCAAAUUGAUCUUCCUCUACAUCUUCCUAAUUCCUCUAGAGUUCAUUCACCGAAUUUCAGUGGUGAACCAUUGGUUUUGCUUUCGGCUACAUCAAGCGUGACUCACUCAAAAGAGCAUUCUGGUGUAAAUGGAACACAAAAACACAGGAAACUAUCUGAAUGUAGUUCCUCCACUUCUGAUCCAUUCCAAGAAAAUUAUUACCCCAAUAUUCUGAAUCCAUCUAAUACAAUUCAUAAUAAUAUCCAUAAAACAAGUGCUGAGGCUCCUUGGGUAUCCAGUUUACCUACUAUUUCAUCUAUCGCUAAUGGUUUAAAACAAGCUGUUACGGAUCGAGAUCACAUCCCCACAGAAUUUUGUUCGGAUCUGAAUGUGAUUCCUAAUAAUUCGCGUUUCGAUAAUUCAGAUUAUUCCCAUGAAAUGGCUGAAAAUGUUUUGGCUUUAAAUGAAAAUAUUUUAUGUGACGGAAGUAAUGAUGGUAUUCACAGAUCACAGAAAUUACAAAUUCUGAAACCAAGCAAAACUGAACCACAAAACGAUAAUGUUCUUAUUCAUUAUGCAGUUCAGGACAAUCACAGUGGUGUUCAAUUGAAUGAUUCAUGUGACGAUGGUCUUGUUGAUAGUUUAGUAGCAUCUUCAUCAAAUUCUGGAAUGUGCUCAAAUGAUUCUUCUGAUCUGGGUAUCAGUAAAGCCCUCAAUGAACUUUACUCUUCUGCUCAUCCAACUUUAUCCAGUGUAGAGGAAUGCAGAAUUUUAACACCUGUUCCUGCGUCAUUAGAUUCAAGUGACAUCAAUGUAUGUAGUGCAAAUACACAGAAAACUUCCAUUCAUCUAUAUGUUGGACAUCAAUCGAAUACACGUAGGGGUUGCUCAAAUCACUUGUUAGGUAAUCAUAAGAAUCCAGAUCCCGUUGCUAGUCAAUCACCUGCAUCUUCAGGUAUUCCUAAUGGCGAUAGCAUGUUGAAUAGAAAUGAAAUACAUCAGCCACAUGCUGUUGAUUCUCACACAAAUGGAAUAGCUGAUAGUGGCAGUUCACUUAGUCAGCAGUUCGAUGGGAUGUAUCGCAGUUUGGGUAACCACUUUUCUCUUGCAUUAAGUGAAGUGGAUAAAUCACAUGGGCCUUCGUCACACUUAAUUCAAUCGAAUGCUCCUUUUGCAACUACCAGGCAAUCAAAUCCAUGUGUUAAUUCUGUGUGUGAAACUUUUAUGGAUGCGCAUAUGUUAGAGAGUUUGACAUCACCUGGAAUUACCACCACUGAUUUAAAACAAGUGACGACCAGUUCCCAUUUUAAUCUCACACCAGUUUCUUCGCUUCUGCGUAAUAAAAACAAUGACGGACAAGAUCAGGGCAACGCUUAUUUUCAACAGUUACCCAGCUGUAGAUCCGAAGCUGUUGAGAGAUCUUCUUUCCCACCGGUGACCAGUUGCCUAAAUACUUUUCCUGCUCAACCUCUGUCAUUGGUCACUCAUUCAUUUCUAAAAAAGCCCAAACGUCAGGGUUUUUUGGAGAAAAGGUCACGUACACUCACAUCAGAUGCCAUUUCAUACCAAGCAACUGUUUGCGAUAGCAGUACUGACAAUAUUUCUAUCCCAGGCAGUGCGAAACAUUUACGUAACCUAGUAGGACGCGCAAAUUCUGUUACAGCCAGUAAAAUGCCGAAUACUGGUUGCAGUGAUAGUUACACAACUGUCAGUCAGCAGUCAUAUCUUACAAAUUCCUCCAAUUGCUUCGUUUUCAACUCUGAAUCAUUGGUUGGCGGGAACUGGAGGAUGCUAGCGAUCAAUCAGAAUCACUCAGUACUGGGACAGGUCGAGGAGUUAGAGGUAAUACUCCUGUAUCAUCUUUGGAUGAAGUUGAGCAGCAUCAUCUAAAACUAGAAAGGAAACGUGCUCGUAAUCGUGUUGCCGCACGUCGUUGUCGAGAACGAAAAUUGUCACUCAUCAAGGCAUUAGAAAGUCAAGUGGCUGAACGUGAUGCUCAGGUAAGGAGAUUGGAAGACACACUUGCACGCUACAGAUCCGAAGGCGAGCGUCUAAGACUUCAUAUGGAGGUUCUAGCUACUUCGUAUCCUAGUCUCAAAGCUGAAUUAUAUCGAUUUUCAUUCCUGUUUCAAUCACCAACCACGCAACAGCAUCCAACUCCACCACAACAGACAACCCCCAACCAAAAUACCCCAAUGAAGCCAGAACUUUCAGAUACACCGUAACCGCAUUUCGCAUGAAGACUCAUGAGAUUAACUGUUGUUAAUAUAGUUGGUUCUUUACUGAACUGGACAUCACAGAAACCCAGAGAUAUGGUUUUUUUUAAAAAAAAUUCGUCACUUUUCCUAUUGCAACAUUUUCGGCUUAUUGGUUUUCGAAAUGGCAUUUCAUUUGUUGGCCAUGUUUUUCUCAUUUUUUUGUCAUAACGAUUUCCAUAAAUUCUUUUUGGUUUUCUACUCUUUUUAUGUUGGAAGUACACACGAAUCACUUAUUCACACAUAAGUCGAUUUGUCAUCCAAAGUUUUUCCUAUCCUUCAAUCUGACCCCCAUUCUCUUAUAUAUGUAUUCAUCGGUUCUAUUAUUCUCGUCUCAUUUUCUCUUAUAAGUCAUCGUUAUCUUGGUAUACCAGUCUUGUGACUUUUUCAGUUAUGUUGUAUUACCUAGCCCAGAGUGUUGAUUUUCUUUUUGCUUUUACUUCUGAUAAUGAUCAUAAGGCUGUUUUGUUAGCGAUACUUUGUGCGCCUUUUUAUAUUUAGAUAUUUUGCUUUCAUUGUUCACAUUAUCACUGUCAGUAGAGGAACAAUUUUUUCCAAUCUUGAGAACAGUGUCUAUUUUUCUACCAUUCGACACUGACGUAUAUAUACUGUUGCUAUUGUUUCCCAUUUUCAUCAUUUCUCUGUUUCAUUUUCCAGUGUCACCCACACAGACACAAAAUUGCCUUUACAAAAUCUGAGUGUAAACAAAUAAUAUAGGAAAUUACCUCUCACUUUCCAGGGGUUCCUACUAACCCGGUUCAAAAAUCACGAUAUAAAGCAACAUUUUGCACCUUAGAUCAUCUCUUUUCUUAAUACUCUGAAAUGACUCAAUUCCCUCAGAAUUCCACCUAUGCCUUUUUCUUGCUACUAGUUCGUUUCAAGUGCUUUUUGAUUUUUUUGUCUGUGUGUGCAAUGAUUGCUUAAGCUAUUUUGUACUUCAACCCCCUAUGCAUACAGGUUCACGUAAGUGUAAAACCUUUCUGUGCUUAUGAUUAAACACAUCUUGAGUUGGAAGUGGACUCAUUAUAAUUUUCUCCCGGUUUGUGUUAGAAUAUUACGUGCCUUCCUUGUUGAUGAUGAGGUAUUGAUAGUUUUUUACUAGUUGAUUGCUGGGUGGAGGUAUUUAUACAUAAGAAAGAAAAAACAGUUAGGCAAUGCAUAAAUGUCUGUAUAUUGUCUUGCAUUUAUUCUUCCACAAAGUUUUCUUACAUAGGCAGGUACAACUAUUUUCCACUGAAAUGCUCAUUUUUUUACGACACUUUUCUAAUUCAUACAUAGCGCCGUUUAUAUAUAUAUAUAUAUAUAUGUAUGCGAACAUAUUUAUCAGAUUGUUUUUUUUCUAUACUACUGCAUCCCUACUUCGUUGUCUUUUUGAUUUUACGUUUAUUCAGAGCUUCACUUUUAUCUGUUCUCAAUAGUCUCUCCUAUAUCUUUUUGUGGGUUGCAUACUACACCUCGCUGGAAUUUUUGGUGAACUGAACAACGAUUUCUUCUUUAUGUGAAUUUGUUCUUUUUUUAUCUUGAAUGAAAAGAAUGACGUGCCAGAGGGUCUUUCCUUUAUUCUAUUACCAUUAUCUUUUUUUUCCCAAUGUAUCAAGAAUGUGAAUGUCUUGGAAACAUUUUUCUUUACGUGUCUUCUUACCGGUUUUUUGUCUUCUAUUUCAUAAUGAUAAGAAUGUGAAAAGCUCUAACUUCACGAGUUAUAUGGUUGAUUCACAAUAAUAAAACUCUGUAAAUAUUCAGUUUAUAUUAUAAAUGAUAAUAAUAUCUAAUUAAUAUAUGGUUGUAUUAGCUACAUACUUCUAAUACUUACAUAUGUCGGUGACACACCGUAACAUUUCUUCAAGAACUUAAGGCAUAGUGAAUAAAAAUGUCUCAGUACUACUCGCAUAGUAUUUUUUUUUGUUUAAGGAGGGUGGACG